AUGGAUUCUCAAUCAAACCAACACUUCUACGCCCACCAGAGACCUUCCUACCCUCAGGCCUCAUACAACCAAUCAACCUUUACGUCCUCGGCCAGCCUGUCAUCGUUGGCUUCCAUCAACACCAGCCCUAGCCAAACCAACAUGAGCUCGCGUCAAUCACCUACUCUGGUCUCUGCCGCCCCCGUGUCGUCGCCUUCCAGCCAAUCUCAACACUUCUCGUUACCGCCUUCAAUGAACCAAGAGAACAACUACUACCAGCAAAUGCCCCAGUUCCCUCAACAACAUCGCGGUAGUUUCUCCGAAGAGCAAAGACCCAGAGGCCUCAACGACACAUCGCCCUUUUUGCAAGACUUCAGUCUUCUUGCUGAGGCUGCCAAGCGUGCCCAGAUGGCCGUCAUGAUGAGAGACUUUGACGAUCUCGAGAUGUAA